AUGGUCAUGGGAAUUGUUACGCCGAGUCCAGCGACGGUUGGAAGUAACUCGGCUGGACUGACCAACUCGGCGGACUCGGCGAAUGCGAUGAUCACGGACGCGAUGGCGGACGAGGCGCGCACCGUCCAAUUUGAUGAGGAGGAUGCCCAAGACCAAGAAUGUGAGGAAGAUGUUGAGGAUGAGUAUGAGGAGAAAGCCGAGCUACUUGGCGAAGUCGACGAGUUGUCGCUGCAAGUCGGACGAAUGGGUACCCCACGUCCAGUUGUGCGCAACCUGGCGACCGAGCUCGGCAAUGAUACGGACGACGAAGAUCAAGCCGCCGCUCAAGGGGAACGUCCGCCCUUGAUCCCGCGAGCGACGAGGAAUGCGGAUACACCAAGUGCGAACAAGGUUCUGGGCAGGCUCGGAGAGGAGAUGCGAGCUCAGAGCGAGUGGAUGAUGAUGUUUGCCCCAGUGGCGAUGGCUCAGGCGAGCUGGCCGGUGCUGGGGCCCGAGCUGACACAGCCGGUGAACAGCACCGACAUCAACCAACUGGUCGAAGACACGGUGUUGCUACUCAAGGCGAUGGGGUUCCGGUGCACGAGCCGACCCAACAGCCUGCUACUCGGCGAUUGGGACCCCAGCCGAGCUUCACGCGAAAUCCUCAAGUGGAAGCGUCGGUUGAGAGUCUCGUUUGGUCUCGAGCGGGGGGCCGUCGAAACUCGGCAGACUAUUGCGAAACGAGUGGCUGAUACUCCGAAGACCGUCGAAGACCCCAGCAGGAUUCCCCUGCCGAAGACUCCCGAACGCAAGAGAGCCGAGGUGUUCCGCUCUACUGAGGGUACGCCGUAUUUCGAAGAUUCGCAUAUGAAGACGCCAACGCGUGGCAAGCAGCCAAGUGGACGCUACGCUGAGUUGUUUGACGCUGCAGACGCAGCCGAGCUCAGCGACAGCGACGAUGGGCGCGAGUACCUGAACUCGACUGAAGAGUCGGUGAAGGACGUCAUCAAGCACCUUAGUUUCGAUGACGCUGAAAGUGAUCGGACGCAAUACUUGGAGUGGCUUAAGCGGUUCAUCUACGAGAUGAAAGGAACUCGGCUGGCACAAGACCUCUGGUACGAGCCAUUCUCGCUGAAGCUGGAGCGAGGCGCGAAGAGCUGGUAUCGCCAGCUCCCGAAGAAAACGCAACGGAAGUGGAGUCUGCUGAGUGAGGCAUUCGCCGACUACUACUGUUCGCAGGUUGACCAGUCGGCACGAGCUCGCUAUUACUCGGCUCAGCGCAAAGACAACGAGCUGGUGUGUGACUUCCUCGUUCGUCUCAACGGAUAUGCGAAGUCGGCGAAAAUCCACCGAGAUGCCAAGCGCACCGAUUCGCCAAGGCACUCGGAAGCUCGGCGGAGUGAGCCGCGCCGAGAUGACUGCCGCGACGACUGCCGGGAACGACGCAGAGAUGACCGCCGGGAUGACCGGCGAAGCCGACGCGACGAUGGUCGAGACCGCCGACUAGCGACAGCGCUGCUGGAGGACGACCCGUAUGAGCUGGCUGAGAGACGCCAAUCCAAUCGGCGAUCCAACCUCUACGACUCGGACAGCGAUCAGAGCGACGGCAGCCAGCCGAGCUACUCCGACUCGGCUGUAGACUCGGAAGACGAUUACAUCGACACCGGGUUCACCAGCGACCGCGACCGUAGAUCGGGAGACCGAGGGAACUCAGCUGGGACACCAAGAAGUGAUCACCGAAGGGGUCAGCCGAGCUCGGCUGACCGCGCCAGUCGAGGAUACGAUCGGCGUGACCAGACUGGGCGGCGAAGUGACUCCCGUGAACGCCCUUCGUAUGGACCUUGUGCUGCCUGCGGUGGUGCGAAUCACUACGUUCACUACUGCCGCCGUCACUGCAAGUUCUGCAAGCAAUUGCACGAUGCCGGUCAAUGCGAGCUGUUCCAGCGCUAUGAGAAGCUCGCCGCAUUUGUCAAGUCCAAUGUCGACAAGUCCAAGUUACCUGAAGACCUCCAGGACCUCUACACGCCGAGUGAUUUAAACUCGGUGGCCCGCCAACACUGA